AUGGCAAUGGGGGACAUGUGUUUGCUAUGCUCCUUGCUAGCCGUCCUGAUGGUUGCCAUGGCAACCGCUAGCGACGAGGCCGCGCUGCUAGCUUUCAAAGCACAGAUCAACCAUGGUGGCUUGCUGGCCUCCUGGAAUAGGAGCGCCGGCUUCUGCAGCUGGGAAGGCGUGACGUGCAGCCGUCGGAGGCCGGCGUGGGUGGUGGCGUUGCUAUUGAACGGCACUGGGCUCGCCGGGGCACUCUCCCCGGCCAUCGGGAACCUCACGUUCCUGCGGACGCUCGACCUGAGCUUCAACUCGCUCCAUGGGGGCAUUCCGGCAAGCCUCGGCCGCCUACAGGGGCUCUACUUGGACGACAAUGCAUUCUCCGGCACCUUCCCAGUGAACCUGAGCUCAUGCGUCAGCAUGAACGAAAUGGUACUGGACAACAACAAGAUUGGCGGGCGCAUCCCGGCUGAGCUCGGUGAGAAGCUGACAUCCUUGACAGAGUUCUCGCUGAGUAACAACAGCUUCACAGGGCACAUCCCGGCAUCACUGGCCAAUCUAUCCCAUCUACAAAUCCUCGAUCUCACCAGUAACCAGCUCGUGGGCUCGAUCCCACCGGGCCUCGAAAGCAUCCAGAACAUGCAAUAUUUCAGUCUCUACGACAACCUCCUCUCUGGUAUGCUCCCACUUUCUCUCUACAACUGGUCAUCAUUGGAAGUACUUGAUGUAGCUCUAAAUAUGUUAUAUGGAACCAUUCCGGAUGAUAUUGGAAGCAAGUUCCCCAAGAUGAAAGCUCUAAGCUUAUCUUCCAAUCACUUCAGUGGGCCCCUCCCCUCAUCAAUAUCCAAUAUGUCUGAUCUCACAAGAAUUUUUCUCUGGAAAAAUAGAUUUAGUGGGUAUGUGCCUCCCACAUUGGGGAGACUGGGAGUUCUCCAAUAUCUGAACUUGGCUGACAAUCGGCUCGAAGCAAAUGACAACAAGGGAUGGGAAUUCAUCACCUCUCUGGCAAACUGCAGCCGACUGCAGAUAUUAGAACUCAGCGUCAAUCCUUUAGGUGGACAACUAGCAGGUUCAAUUGUCAACCUAUCAACGACUCUCCGGGACUUAAGUUUAACUGACAAUAUGAUCUCCGGGGUUAUUCCUGCGUACAUAGGCAAUCUGGUUGGUCUCACAAGACUUGUGUUAGCAAAUACUUCCAUAUCCGGAGUUAUUCCAGAGAGCAUUGGCAAGCUCAAGAGCUUGAUCCAGCUAGGCUUGUACAACAAUAGCUUGUCUGGCUCCAUACCGCCGUCGCUAGGAAACCUUUCACAGUUGAAUGGGCUUAUUGCAAACAAUGGCAACUUGGAGGGGCCAAUUCCAGCAAGCCUAGGGAAGUUGAAAAAUCUUUUUGAACUUGAUUUGUCAAUGAAUUACAGACUUAACGGUUCAAUACCCAGAGAGAUCUUCAAAUUACCCAGUCUCUCUUCGUUUUUGGACUUGUCAUACAAUUCCCUUUCUGGACCCCUUCCUAAUGAAGUUGGUAGUUUGGCAAACCUUAACCGACUGAUUCUAUCAGGAAACCAGCUGUUUGGCAAGAUACCUGACGGUAUUCAGAAUCGCAUAGUGUUGGAAUGUCUGUUAUUAGACAAUAAUUCCUUUUAA